AGUUUCAGAUUGCCGAAGUGCUAAGGAGCAGCUUUCAGCAGUGUCCCACAAUCAAGUCUCAGCUUAGAUUACUGCAUGUGUUUGAAGGCAUGUGCAGCAGAGAACUUGUUCAGGAACAUUUAAAGGACAAAUAUGAGCAACUCCUCUCCAUGUUUAUUGAGGAGCUGACCCAGGUGAAGUCCUUAUACCAGACGAUGAGUAACAACCCACCACUGUGUGUUCAAUCACCGCCCACUGUCAACAAGCUGCUUUGGGUGAAGGGGCUACAAGCUAGAGUCUCAGAGCCAAUGGUGAAAUUAAAGGAAGUCUCCCCACAUUCUCUAAAAGGAUAUCUAGGGUGGAAACUCAGGCACUUGUACACCGAAGUUAUGGAGGAACUUAAAAGGUGUGAGAAAGAAACGAUUGACUCUUGGCUGAAGAAUUCUCAAGUGGACCUCAGCAAUGCCAUAAAGAGGACUUUAUUGGUUGCUUCCAACGUGCAUGGUGAAUUGGAGGAUCAGCUCCAGGCUGUAGAGUUGAAUCUGGAUCCAGACCUUCUCCUGUUACUGCGAGAAGCUUCGUACCUUCGGAAGGCACCGUUCAACUUCAGUUUACGUGAACCUAUAGAGACCCUUCUAAAGAACGUGGACGUGAAUGGACUCAAGACACAAGCUGUCCGGCUGGAGGCAGUGGUGUGCAAAUACAACGAGGUCAUGAGAACCAUCAACGAUUAUGAGAGGAGACUGCUGGAGAGGAAAUUAUAUGCAGCAGAAGAGCUGCUGCAGAGCGGAUUAACCGUGUACACAUGGAGCAUGGAAGAGAGUGCAGACUUUAUUGAGCUGGCUACCUCCCUGGUAUGCUCUGACCUCUACAUGACCUUCAGCACACUGAGGAGCAACUGCAGGGAAAUCUUAGACCUGUCCAGUGCCUGGUCCAAUGGAAAGCUUGAUAUAUUCACCAGCAGGGACACCAAGAGGACUUACUCCAUGGAGGAGUUAAUUCAAGAGCAAGAGACCCUAGAGCACAGCCUGGAACGACAGAUUCUUCUCGACGGGCAGAGAAUUCAUAACCUGAUUAAAGAGUCCUUUGUCGCUGUGGGCGUCAGCGAGGCAUCCCCCGCCUGGCAGGAGUACGUGGAGCACAUCGACAUCCUGGUCCUACAGGGACUGAAGGAGGUCACCUUCAGCAGCCUGGCUUCCAUGCUCAACACACUCCUGGAGGGGCAGGAGGCUCCGAUCCUCCGUAUCCGUGUGGAGCUGGUGGGCAGUGCUGUGGGGUUCUGGCCUCCGCUGGACGAGAGCGCUGUGCAGAGCAGCGUGCUGGAGCACACCCGCGACUGGCUUAAGAGCUUUCUCCUCAGAGGCUCCCUGGUGACCAUGCUGUGCUUCAGUGCCCAGGGAGGCUACCAUGACUAUGUAGCAGCUGACAAAGAAGUCAUUCAGUUGGUUGGUCACAUUUUGGAACAAGUGCAGGACAGCGCUGACAAAUGCCAGGACACAUUGGGAGCAUUAAAUCAGUAUGCCUAUCUUUGGAAGAAAGAUGUCAACGCCACCUUUCAAGACUUUAUACAUGGAGUUGGCAGAGUAAAGCCUGAUCAUCAGAGUCAAUUUUCCAGGACAGACUUCCUUAUGGAUUUAAUGGAUACCUUGAGUGACCGAUCUCAGAGCAGGCAGAGCAGCAAUUUGAGAUCCCAGAGCACUCUGCUGAUUGAAGCUGAACGAGCCUUUAUUCAGCCUGAGGAUGCAAAGGAGACCAUUUCCGUUCCAUUGUUGGAGGAUUUUGAUACAGAGAUCUCUAUCUACAGGAACGACAGGGACAGCAUCUUGACUUUCCAAGACUCCAUGGUUCUAGGCUGGAUUCAGGUGGACUUCCAGCCCAUCAAGCAGGUUCUGGCUGCCUACGCAUUCAAGUGGAUGUGGACCUUUGCAAAAUACCUGACAGACAAGAUGACUGAUACGUUGAAGAAGCUGGAUGCGUUUUUAAAAAGGACUGAACCUCAGAUAGAGAGCAUCACUGGGGAUGAAAGAGACACGGAAUUCUUUAUGACAAUGAUGCAGCUGUUCAGUGAGGUAUCCACAAAGCAAACAGAAAUGGAGGGGCAGUUCAUUGUUAUGCAGAAAGCUCUCAAACUGUUGGAAAAAUAUGAGAUGAAGCUGCCAGCCGAGAGCGAGAGGCUGUUCAAAGCAACUCCGGGGCGCUGGAACAUCCUGAAAACCAAGAUGUCCCUGGCCAAGCAGAGGCUUAGUCCCAAGAUCCGGCAGGAAUCUGAGAGGAUCACCAAGGAUCUUUCCCAGUUUGGUGAAAUACUUCACCAGCUGAGAGAAGAUAUUGAUGAAUCAGACAUCUACAUGAGAGCCUGCUCAGUAGAACAAGCUUACUGCGUGAUCAAGACGUUCAACAAACAAGUGAAAAGUCUACAGAGGGAAGCUAAGGACCUUAAGGAACUGCAGGAGCUCCUAGAGGCUACUGUGGUGGACUUCUCUGUUUUAAACGAAUGCCAUCGCACAGUGAGGAACCUCACGCUGCUGUGGCAGAAGGUGGAGGUGAUUCAGAAACAGCAAACCCAAUGGAAGACACAGCCCUGGCAAGACCUGGACACAGUCCAGCUUAUUAACAACACGAACCAGCAGCUCCAGAUAGUUCAAUCACUUCCACGCGAGGUGCGUGGCUGGGACAUCUAUGCUGGCACCUUGGAAUCUGUGAAUGUCAUACAGUUAACUUUACCACUAAUUGAGGACCUUCUCAAUCCGGCGAUGAGAACAAGACAUUGGAAACAACUUGUGCGACUCACAGGGGGACAGCUUUACAGCACUCCGGAGAAUAUAAGAAGAAUGACUCUUGCAGAUCUGAUCACUUUGGGAUUGCAGAGACAUGCAGAUCAUGUGAAGACCAUAGUUGACCGGGCAGUUAAAGAUGUGACAAUUGAAAGUGGUCUGAAGACUUGUGAAGAAGUGUGGCUGAGCAGAAUAUUUGACAUGCACCCUCAUUGCAGAGUAACGCCUGCUACAGGUCGGGGAGAAGUUGGCCCCAUCAUGCUGCUAAACAAUCCAGAAGUUAUCUUUGAGGAGCUUGAACAUCAUCAGAUGACCCUGGAGACCAUGAAGAACAACAGCGAGGCUGGCUCGUUCCUCGAUGAAGUGACAAAAUGGCAGAAGAAGUUACAGGUCAUCGAAUCUGUUGUCCGCUUGUGGUCACAAGUCCAGGAGAAGUGGGUCCAACUGGAAGAGGUGUUUUGGACUGAUGAUAUAUGUCGAGAUUUACCAAAAGAAGCUACAACGUUUGCUGAAGUUCACCAUGAUCUAUGUGCUGUAAUGAAAGCUACUGAACAAAAUCCAAAUGUUCUGCAGACAUGCACAAAACCAGGCUUACAGGACAUGCUUGGUGAAAUGAAUGAGAAAUUAGAAAAGUGCCAACAUGCUCUGCUUCAUAACCUGGAACAAAGACGCAUUGCUUUCCCAAGAUUCUUCUUUCUGCCUUUACAAGAUACGUUAAAAAUUGUAUGCUAUGCUCACAAUCCAGAUGUACUAAACCGAUAUCUGUAUAAAGUGUUUGAGCACAUGGAAAGCCUAAUAUUUGAGACACAUAAUGGGAUUCAUGUUGUUGGAAGCCAGAGAAUAGUAGCAGUUCAAAGCUUUCAAGGAGAACAACUGUAUCUUCCAGAGCCUCUGGAGUGUAAGGGUCCCAUUGAGAACUGGCUUGCGCUGCUGGUGAGCAGGAUCAGAACAGCUUUGCAGCACCACCUCCACGCCACUCUGGGACAUGAGCUGCUGCCACAGAGACAGAUCCACAGCGCUGGAGCGAGACGGGUGGCAGUCAGCAGGCCUGCUUCAAAGCAAGGGCAGGGGGGCAAGAGGGACAGACUUGGCAGCUCCUCACUUCGGACUCUGGAGAGGAAGGAAAGUGGUUCUUUUGUAGUCCAGCAUCAGGAUGUGUCGAGCAGUAAAUCGCAGCGAGAGCCCUGGAUACUGGUCACCCUCGGUGAGGUGGCGCAUCUCGCCACACAGAUUCAUUUUUCAAGUUCCCUUCAGGAAAGUGUUAACAUGUGGGCCAGUGGAGACAAGGAUACGCUGCGUGAUUAUCAUGCAAGGUUGACAGAAGCAAUUCAAAGCACAGCUAAGUUAUUGCAGGAAAAUCGGCAAAAGGACAUUCGUUGCAUUUUACACGAUGGCCUGGUAAAAAAUGAAGAAAGUUGUGUAAAAGGUUUGAAAUCCACACCUUCAGUCGGAAGUAUGAAAAGUUCCCCCGUCUGUGACAUUUCCAGUCAAAAAACUAUCAGAAAACCUUCGACAUCAGGACAUACUAAAAAACUGAGCAAUCAUAUUCUUCUGUUAACUUACCAGUGUGAUGUAGUUAAAAGAAUACUGGAGCAAAUAAAAUCUGGGGCCAUCAGUGACGAUUCAAACAUACCCAAUGCACUCCUCCACUAUCAGUACGACGAGAACAGUAUGGAUAUCUCUGUAAAGGUUGGCGAGUGUGAGUAUGGCUAUGGCUAUGAAUACCAGGGAUCAGCUGAGCGCAGCCUCAUCACUCCCCUGACAGAGAGAACCUUCCUCAGUCUCAGUUCUGCUCUCUCCAGUGGGGCAGGGGCACUCUGCAUGGGACCUGAGAACGUUGGAAAGAAGACCACAGUGAAGGAGCUGAGUCUCGCUCUGGGGAGAGCUCUGUACUUCAUCCACUGCACCAAAGCCAUGGAUCUCAAAACACUCACAGAUAUCUGCAAAGGAGUCGCAUCGGCUGGUGCCUUGGUCUGCUUGAAUGGGAUGGAUCGGAUGAGACCCUUGAUUCUCUCUGAGGCGGCUCUUUGGCUGGGGCAGAUCCAGGGUGCAAUGCAGGCUGGGAAGGGUAUCGUACAUGUGCAGUCCAGUGACACAACACUAAAUCCACUGGGUGGAUGUCUAGCUAUUAUUAAAAGCAAUCCUGUUAAACAGACUGGUAAUGCACUUUAUCCCAGGUAUGUCUCACCUGCAGCCACUAUUCCAGACAACCUUCUCAGAUGUUUUCGCAUUGUCAGCAUAACCAGCACCAACCUCCACUUCCCUGUGGAGACUCUGCUUUUUACAGCAGGGUUUUCAGGAGCUGGAUUACUGGCGAGGAAGCUGCUGGCACUGCUUGAGGCCUGUUCAAAGAUGUCUGCAACAUCAGCUGGCUCUGUGCAUUGUGGGAAUGCAAACAGCUUUGCAUGGACUCUGUCAAGCAUAAGACAUUUAAUUCAUAAAGCAGGCAGUCUGUUGUGUGAGAUGCAGAUUAAACAAGAAGCCAUCCAGAGUCAAAACGAAUCAAAGGACUUGCAUGCUGAAGGUGACAUUGGUCUGGAGGAUCAAGCGCUGGUCGCUGCAUUCCAUCAUUGCUUGUUCCCCCAGCUGACAGGGGAUAAACUGAAGCUCGUUUGUUCAGUAACAGCCAUGCUCUGGCCGAGUGUGACCUUGCCUGUGCAUACAACCCCGCUAGAGAAUCAGAGAGCUAAAUUUGCAGAACCUGUGUCGCUGGGCAGUGUGGAGAACCCUUCUCUCACGCUGGAGAUCAGCAGUGUAAAAGGAGCACUGGAUGAAGAGUCCGAGGCCAUUGCAAAGGCAGCUACACAAAGGCAGCUGUGUGCUGAUGACAUGUUCAUCUCUCGAGUCCUCCAACUGGCUCACCUUGUGCAAACCUAUCAAAUUACGGCUAUCGUGGGGCCAGCAGGAUGUGGAAAGAGUGAGUGCAUCCGGACGUACCUUCAAUCUGUGAGGGAGAAGGGGACGGACAUGGAUGUGCAGACUGUGUUCAUCAGAGCUCUGGAAUCUCAACAGCUGUUGGGGUACACAGACCCAGAGUCGGGAUGGAUGGAUGGUUUGCUUCCAAAGCUAUUGAGACUGUACUGGCUUGGGCUCCCUACUGCUUCCAAAGAGAUUACUGGAACUGUGAAGACAGUUCACCUCGAUGGACAAAUUGAUGCACAGCAGAUGGAGCACAUGCAGGCAAUUCUCAGCAGCAAUGGUUUGUUUAUCCUCGCAAACAAUGAACAUAUCAAGCUGCCUGGUUCCAUUAAACUAUUUUGGGAGCUUGAAUCGCUGGAGGACAUUAGCCCGACCAUAGUCUGCUGUUUGGGCAUCUUGUCAAUAACCAGCAGUGACCGAGACUGGAAACUGCCCUUAACCAAAUGGCUUCAGGGCUGCCCUGAACACUACAGGUGUCUCCUUCAGCAGCUCACUGGAGAGUUCUUAGAGCCUGUUGUGGAAUUGGUUUGUGAGAGUUCUUCAUCGACACGCGCAGACACUAGAAGACUCAAACUGAAAAAAGUAACCAACAAUUCUGUAGAAAACAUGGUGCAGACAUUCUGCAGGAUUUUUGAGGCACUGAAUCCUCUGAGUGUGGACAUGCCAUUUGAAGCUGUGAAGAAAUGUUUCCUUUUUGCAAGCCUUUGGGCUUUUGGGGGUACCUUGGAGUCCCAGUGCAGAGUGCCCUUCAAUCACUGGUGGAGAGAACAGUUUGGAAAGGACUGUGUCUUUCCUGUGGAGAGAGAGAUCUGGGACUAUUACAUUGACAAGGAGACGUGGCAGUUUGUCAGGUGGAGUGACAGUGUCCCGCUCUACUCUGUUCCAUGUGGACAGGGAAUUCCAUCUCAAGCGUUUGUCCACACCGUCGAAAGUGAACAACUGGUUUAUUUGACAAGCCUCCUGUCUGCUGCGGGCCACCCUGUCCUACUCCUGGGUGAAGCAGGUUGUGGUAAAAGUAUGGUUCUGAAUCAGCACAUCCAGGCCCUAUACUCGGGGGAUGAGGUGGAGGUGCUGCAGCUCAGGGUUGCAAUGAACAGGUCCACUACUCCUCAGAAGCUGUGGCAGAGCCUACUGAAUAAAGUGGAAUGGCACCAUGGGGCUGUGUAUGCCCCACUGAAGAAUAGGAAGCUGCUGUGCCUGGUUGAUGACCUGCAUUUAGCUCAGGUUGAUCAUCAUGGCAGCCAGCCAGCGUGUGAGUUGAUGAGGCAGCUGCUUGACUGUGGGGGUGGUUUUGACCCACUUUCCUUUGAGUGGAAGAAAAUAAAGAACGUUACCUUCCUGGCCACUGCCAAUGUGAACUCCUCUGCCAGAGUCCCGAAGCCAAGCCAACGUCUACUGAGACACUACAGCAUCUUUCACUGUCCUUACCCCAGUUCUGUCAACCAAUAUGGAAUCUUUAGUGCUUUACUGAAUGCCCACUUCCUGCAGUCUCCUCCAGCACACCAGACUGGUAGUUUGCGCUCCACAAGUAAUUAUAACCACCGAGACCUGCUUUCAGCUGUCACCACGGUUACCAUAGAAACACAGGAACGUCUCAGAACCAUGUUCCUCAGAACCUCCCAGAGGUGUCACUACAUAUUCACACUCAGGGACCUGGCUAAGACAUUCAGAAACCUCUGUCUGUCCCUGAGCCCUGAAACAUCCCCUGAAGCCCUCCUGUAUUUAUGGAGACACGAGUGUGACUGGGUCUAUGGACACAGAAUGGUCAGCUACGUGGACUACGAAAGAUACACACAAGAGUACGUUGCAGCGGUGAAGAAAGCAUUCACUGAUGAGGAGCAGGUCAGAUUAAUCAUUAACCCUCAGCAGCCACUGUUGAGUAAUGUCAUUGAGCUGGAAGGGGGGCUGAUCAGCGCUGCCCCAACACAAUGGCAAGUGAGAUCUCUAAACCAGCCAUCCAAACAGGAGAGGCUUUAUGAUGGGUACCAGCACACCUUUGAUGAAGACCUUGUUCGGGAGUUGCUUGAGGAAUCUGUGAGAGAGCACAACAAGGCGAAUCCAAGGAUGGCCAUCUCCUUUUAUAAGAGCACAAUUGAGUUAGUGUGCCGGUUGACUCGUAACCUGUUGAGCCCACAUGAAGUUGCCCAUACCAUGCUGUGUGGAGAAGGUUGUGCUGGAAUGUGUGUUCCACUGGCAAGGCUGGCUGCCCAUCUGUGCAGCUUCACUGUGGUCCAUGUCAGCUCUGCUGCCAAAGCUGACAAGGAUAGCCCUCAGAUGACCAAUUCAUUGAAGUCCCAGCUGGUUGACAGCUAUGUUCAGGCUGGUGUCCAGGGGCAAAGGGUCCUGUUGGUGCUGAGCGAGGAGCACAUGGAGAUGUUCUCUCUGCUUUACAUCUCAGACCUAGUUGUUUUGGGAUCAAUAACUCCACUGUUUACUUCAGAGCAGCAGACCAGCAUUGUUAAUGAACUUCGCAGCGAGAUAACUAAUGAAGGCAUAACCUUCACUAAAGAGGCUGCUUGGGAUUAUUUCUUAAGAAGAGUGACUCAGAACCUUCGCUGUAUUUUCAUCUGUCCGUCUACUGGGAGCAAUUUCCUUCAGUGCUGUCAAGAAUUUCCAGCAUUUACUAAUACCAUCAAUAUCUAUUUUGUUCCUCACUGGUCCAGAUCCAAUUUGGUUGCCCAGGCCUCCUACCAUAUAAGAGAUCUUGAGUUAAGUGGAAAAGAGAAAGAGAAUGUGUCUCACCUUUUGGCUUCCAUGCACCUUGUCGUUUGCAAACAUGACGGCAACCGCAAAGGAACAGGCCGGUUUGGCCACUUGACCAACGGCACCUAUGAGACGUUUGUGCGUAACUUUGUGACCCAGCUUAAGAAGAAGCAUGCUGAGUUAAUGGCAGAGCACAAGGAAAUAGAAAAGACGCUCGGGCACAUCGAGGACAUCUUGAUGGCCUCUGCCAAGCUGAAGAAAGACUUUCAACAUGAAACGGUGGUUCUUGAAGAGCGUAAACAAGGGGCGAUGCAGAUCCUCAUUCAGAUCGGACAAGACAAGGCGGUGGCCGAGCAACAGGUUCAUGCGCUCCAUCAGCAGAUGAAGAAGAUCAGGAAACUUCAGAAGCUUCUGCCAGAGUAUCAGCUGGCUCACGAUAGAGCGGUGUACAAGUGUUCGGCCAUUGUCUUGAACAUUAAGAAGCUUGUAGGAGAGAUUGAUACUGACGCCUUGGGAGAGCUGCGUGCCAUGCAGAAGCCAGAUGUUGAUACAGAAGUCCUGAUGGCCUCAAUAAUCACAGUCCUGAAAUCCCCCUCUGCUGACUUGACCUGGUCAAAGGGAGCUAAGAGACAGCUGGCAAACCUGGAAAGAUUCCUGGAAGAGCUCAGUACUUUUAAUGAAAUACAACUCCCAGAAAACACUCUAGCACUAUUGGAAGCCUACCUGCAGAAGCCUUCCUUUACUACUGAGAACAUGGAGAGCAGAGCUGGUGGAAACACAGCUACUGGGUGCCUGCUGAAGUGGCUGCAGGGAGCUGUCUCCUAUCACAGAAUAAUGGUGUCUAAGGUCAGGCCUUUACACAGUAAGGUGGAAGAGAUGACAGCUGCUUUAGAGCAAGCCGUUCAGAAAAUGAACACCCUACAGGCAAAAAAGAGUACACUUCUGAGACGUCUGGAUGAGCUGGAAAAGGGGUUUGAAGAAGCCUCCAUUGACAAAACUGACCAAGAGAGAAAGACAUUGGAGACUAUGAGCCAACUGGAGUACCUUUCUUCAUUAGCAGAGAUACUACAGAUGGAGCACAACAAGUACUCUGUGGUUUCCAGCUCCCUCCCAGAGCGGUUCACAGGUCUCUUGGGAAGCACGGCCAUGGCUGCAGGGUUCUUGACCUACCUUGGUCCUUAUGAGUACCUGUUCCGGCGUCUCAUUCUGAGUGUGGAGUGGCCGCUGUGUCUGAAGGAGAGGGGUCUACCGUUCCUGAUUGACUCUGUUGAUCCUAUUCAAGGGAGAGUAACUGAUUUCUCCAUAGAAUUCUUCAAGAGAGACAGCGAGGAAACAAAGGAAACAGAUGUGAUAGCUGAUUGCAACCAAGAUCAGGAAGAUCAAAACCAGCAAGGAGUUAAACAAGAAGAUCCUGCAGUCACUCAGCCUGAAGUAGACGUAUGUAGCGACUAUGAGUCCUCUCCACAUGACCUCCCUGCUCCUGUCAUUACUGAGGAGCAUUACCCAGACUUCAUCAAAGCCUUGCUGAAGCUUAUAGUAGGACAUAAGCAGGUCCAGGAGUGGAUAGCCAAAGAUUGGACGCUCCAUCAGAUGCAAAAUGCUGCUGUCCUGUUCACAUCCUGGCAGAAACCUCCUUUACUGAUUGACUCCAGUGAUGAAACAGAGAAGUGGCUCAAAGAGCUCCACAGCGCAUCUACAAUCAGUGUCAAACUUGGCGAGAGGCCGGAAAGCAGCGUUUUAUUAAACAUUGAGAAGGCAUUGCAGUCGGGAAGCAGUUUGCUCCUAUAUAACUACACCAACAAGUGGGACGACCUCGUUCGACCACUGAUUGAGCACUGCAAUACAGCUACUGAGCGUAAUCUUCAACUGGGUUCUUCUAAUAUCAUCUGCUUGGAAGGCCACAGAUUGCUGUGCUCAGAUCAGUUUAGACUGUACAUCGCUACGUCCCAGACAGAAGGGCGGUUCAGGACUGACAUAAACUGUGGAACAACCCUCAUAAACUAUAGAGAGGGAGAAGAUACUCUGAGAGAUGUGUUGUUGCACAGGAUGUUUAGCAACACCCAACCCAAUCUUCAAGGUCAACUAAAGAAAGUAGCAAGGACCGUUCUUGACGCCCAGGACUCCCUGAAGCAGAUGGAGAUCAGGUUUAGAGAGUGUAUUAAUUCUUCACCCCAAAACUCUGAUGGAAUAGCAGACAUCUUCAAUGAUAAGAAUCAACUCUCUGAAAGACUACAGGAGUCUCAAUCGCUGUACAGCAGCCUUUCUCAGCUAAGGGACAAGUUGCUUCCUGUAGCCCACCGUGGUGCGCUCCUGUAUUCUAUCCUCCAGGCUCUCAGAGUCCUGGCUAGAGAAUAUCAGUUCCCUCUCAGCUAUUUUCUCUGCCUUUUUGACAAAGCUAUUGGGAACAGUGCUCUAGAAGAAGAUAGCCUCCAGGUUGAAGAUGCUCAGCAUCCUCAAGCCAGAACUGGAUUGGUUCUUGAAACUGAAGAAGAAGGAAUCAAGGACAGACAACAUCGAAAUCCUCUUAAUGGAAAAGACUUGGAUAGUAGGAUUGAUGCCUCUCUAACAGACCCAGAGCCCCCAGCAGAAUCACUGUCGACACAGUUUGAAUCCAUGGAGGUAAUCCGCAGCCCUCAGGAACCUGCGAUUCUCAGUCCCGGAACCAAGGAGCACAGCCUCUCAGCCAAUCAAAUCAGCCAGCUGGUGGAUCAACUGACUGAAACGGUUUACCAAGCAAUAAAUCAGAGUCUGUAUCCCGAACACAGCCUGGUGUUCUCUGCUAUGCUCACUUUAUAUAUCCAGCUGCAGAGUGGAGGUUCACUCAGUGAGGAAGAACUGGCCCUCCUCUUUCAAGGCUUCCAAGGCUGUGGCAGUGUUGCUCUGACACUGAAUGACUUUGGCUCUGAUGCUGACCCCCCAGCCUGGCUUCCCCCAGAGAGAUGGGAGAGCUUGCUGGGCCUGUCUGUUUUACCUGGUCCUCUGGACAGUGUUUGUGUGCAGGUAGCUGAGAGUUCCACUGAGUGGGAGACAUGGUACAAUUCAGACCACCCGGAACUGGAAACACUACCAUUGGCAGCACAGGGAUUUACAGUGGAGAAUGUUGACGAUGCCCCUGGGAGUUCUGGAAUCCCGGGCUUGGCCUCAGAGUUCCAGAAGCUCCUCGUCCUCCGCACUCUCCGUCCUGACCGCCUGACAGGCGCUCUGUCCCUCUACAUCAAGAGGCAGAAGAACAGCAGUGUGCAGGCUAGACCAUAUCCAACAGUUAGUGAUAUUGCAGAUCUUGCAGUAGACUCUCUUGGGAUUCUUGUUCUCCUUCCAUCAGGAUUAUCACAUGCUAAAGGUCCCUCUAAUGUGUGUUUAGCGAGGAGUGUCCAGCAUGCAACUGUCAUAUGCAUCGCUGCCAAGGAAAGAAGCAUCCCUGUAUCUGUAGCAACUAUAAAAGAAGAUUUUCAAGGUUACAUCGAAACAGCCUUGGAUGACAUGGUGGAACAGGAUGGCUGGCUGAUCCUUGAGAACCUGCAUUUAGCAUCCUCAGACUUUAUAUGCAGCCUCUAUGAGAAGCUGAUCCAAGGCAGGAAAAAGCAGAACAAGAAGAGGCAGUUUCGUGUAUGGCUUACUUCAGAGCUUGAAGCCCCAUUUCCACACCAGUUCAUUUCAGAGCUCCACAAAGUAUCAUGGCACAUCUUAAACUUUGGACAAGUAUCAAAAAAGACAGAAGCAACAGAUCUGCUUACACAUGGACCUCAGAGAGGGUUGAUACCCAUGGCAAUUGUGUCAGCUCUGAACCAGAUCAGAAAUGAACCCUGUGGUGAAGCGCAUUCCCUCCCGAUGAUAGUUCGCUGCCUCUGCUUUGGUGUGUGUGUUCUGCACGGGAUUAUGGAGGCAUUGCAGUUUCUGCCUGUCUCCGGGCUGAAUCAGGUGUACCCUGUGAGUUACACACAGCUUCAUCAGGCUAUUGAUGUUAUCAUUUCCAGUGGUCAGCAUUUGCAAAGUUCCAGUGAAAGUUCAGUUCAAAUCCUCACUAAGAAAAUAGCCACAAUCUACACUAACCUUGUCACAAACCCUGAGGAUGCCCUCUAUGUUCAGUCACUGGCUACUGAAAUAUUACCCCAGUGUCUUCAAUCAAAAGGAGAAAUUUCAGUUGGCGAGUUUACUGUCCCUGUCCCACCAGACACUGUCGAUCCUGCUGAGUUCUCCUUCUGGCUUUGCGACAGGCUGCCUGAGUGUUCAAAUUGCACUGGGCUGGCUCUGCACAACAGCACUGAAAAGACAUGCCAUCAAUCAAGUUCUGUUGAGCUGCUGCGCUCUUUAUCUGAGGUCUACGAAGCUCUGCAGUGUGGUCUUCCACCAGCAGACCAGGAAGACUCCAUCACUCCCACAGGACUGUCAGCCUCUCGCCUCGCUGCAGGUCUCAUAUCUGAACAACUCCCUUUAGAGCUUUCACAGCCAGAUGCUAGCAGCCCAUUCGAACCAUUCCCUUCAGUGCCCGGCAUGACCAAAGAGGAGGACACUGAAGAAUUUGAGGCUGUAAGACAUGCUCUGCUGCAGGAAUGCUCUUGGCUGAACCGUUCCCUCUGUCAUAUCCGGCAGCAGGUCAGCAGGCUGGAGAAGUCCUUGCUGACGGACACCUUGGCUCUGCCAGAUCAUCUGGCAGAGGUCGCAGAAUCCUUAAAGAAGGAUGAGGUGCCGGGAUCAUGGCUUCACCCUUACUGUCAGCCAAGCACCCACACUCUUUCAACUUGGAUACAAGAUUUAAAGAAGAGGCACAGCCAGUUAAAACAGUGGGUCGAGGAAGGAAUGGUUCACCAUGGAGAGAAAACAGCAGGAAACAGAAUACAAUCAGUGUGGCUGGGAGGGCUGCUCAAUCCUGAGGGCUUGAUUAUGGCACUGCAGCACGCAUAUGCAGCAGCAAAUGGAUGCUUACUUGACGAGAUUGCUCUGAGCUGUCACAUCUCUAAGAGCCCCGAACACACAGCCCAGCCUGAAUCCCAGCAAUGUCAGCUGAUCCUAGAAGGCCUGGUUCUACAUGGAGCAUCCUGGGAUUUUAAAGCAAAUCAACUUGGAGAACCUAAAGAUGAGUUUGUUCCACUCCCUUAUGUCACUGUGAAGCCAGUCCUGCGAACAGCUGAGAUGAGUGAAGACAGAGCUAAGCUCUUUGAGUGUCCUGUGUAUAGGAACACCACCAGACAGUGCUGUAUUAUGAAGCUUCCUCUUCAAAGUCCAAAUCCAGCACAUCACUGGCAGCUGAAGAAAACAGCAAUUGUUUUAGACUCUGGGCCUCCUCCCCCAGGCAUCACACGGAGAUUGGAAACCUGCUUUCCUGCGAAAAUGGGAGAUACACAGAAAAUAGUCUCAUCUCCUAGGCUUUUGAACAUGGCAUCCUUCACAGAAUCCCCUAGCAAGGACAUCCCCCCAAGGAUAGUGUCAAAUCAACCUGCAAGCAAUGGUAUCCGUUCCUCAUCACCAGAAGCAAAGACAGCAGACGUUGAUGAAGGUCAAGGUUCAGUCCCAGAGCAGAUGCCUCAUGAUAAUACCCAAUCCCCAAGAAAUGCUCGGCCGCCAACACUGACUGACCACAGAAACUCAACAUCUCCCCAGCCACUGAAGGGGGUCUCUGACGCAACAGGCAAAGGAAGCCAGCUGGAAUUGUUCAGAGAUAAAGCAAUAACUCUGGGUCAAAAGCCACCAUCUGUGCAGUCUGUAGACCCAAACACAGAGGAUUAUCCCGUCCCGAGGGAUUUCGAGGAAGAGGAAGAGGAAGAGACAGGGGAAGAGGAGUCAAGGACGUUUUCUGAUGGGGGGAAUAAGAAUUUAGUAGCUGAAGACAAGCCACAGCCCGGGGAAGAGGAUUUAGAUUCAAGCUCUGAGGAAGACAUGGGUGAGGAGCCGAAGCAAGAGAUGGGUGGUUACCACGGCAACAGAGAAGAAGCAGAUGAAAAAACUAAUAAUGAGGAGGAUGAUGCAGUGGAGAAACUGGAAUCUGAUUUACAGGCUCCUGUAGAGGGGAGAGGAGGGAACAAAGCUCCUAGCGAAAAUGACAGAGAUAAUGAAUUCAAGUUUUACUGAACAGCAGAAAUUGUAAGCAUAGUCUACUGUCCUGUUACUGUUACUGUUUGCCUAAGGUGAGGAUGGCUUUCAUUUAGUUACUGGCUCCAUAGCUGCAAAGCAACAAGUUAAUUAAAUUGUGCAAAUAAUCCUUCUAUAAAAACAAAAAAAAAACUCAAUACUGGCUAUGAACACACUUUCAAUAAAUAAGGAUUUGUAUACCAGUAUUUCCAUGUGUGGGUUGUUGUCAAUUCACACAUUUGGAAACGGUACAAAAUUGUUUUUCACAUUUAAACAUCUGCAUCUGUUAAUGUAUCACUAUAACUUUUUGGCUAUUGAUGAGUAAAACAAAAAAUAAUAAAUACAGUAUAUCUUUAAAUGACUGUUCCUUUGAUAAUACAGAAGCCAUUAUUUUAAUGCACCACAAAAGUCACACCACACAUCAUCAUUAAACACCCUUGCUGAUGCAAACUAAAGCUGCUAUAAAGAUAUAUGACCGUUUUAUGUUAGGUAAGUGAGCCUGCUUGAGUAAUGGUGUAAUAAAACAUCCACUGAACAGACUGUCAAUUCAAUUAUAGGAAUAUUUGUAACUACAACCUACUCUUUUAAAUACAUUUUAUCUCAGCAGAAAUACAUUAUAACUAUAAUAAUGUUUGUCUAAUAUAAUAUUUUUUCUUGUAAUAAUAUUACUUGUUAAUAUUGCUUGACUGACAAAAUGUAAAAGGUUUUUCUUUUCAACUCACCUCAUGGUAAUAACUUAGCAGUUAUAUGUGAGCGUUAUGAUGCUAUAGAAAAAUUGCAAUUGAUUUCCAUGUGUUUAUUACAACAUCUCAUUAUUGUCUCUGAUAAUGAAGUACAAUAAAAUGAAAUUACCACAGCUUUGUAAGCUGUAACAUCCACUGUAAAACUUGAAAUUAACUCUUUUACAGACUAGUCUCGCUAGCAUGAAUGUAUAUGCACUGGGUAUAAGACCUGGAUUUAGCACAACUGACUAAUUACUCUAGUUGUAAUGAUCGACCCACCUAAUUUAUCACUUCUCUGAACAUUUAAUUAGCUGGUAGCCCGGCACAAUUACAUUCUGAAUUAGGACAAAUUGAAGUGCAAGCUUCGCAGCUUGAAGGACAUGCAAAGCCUAAGUAUAUAAAAAAAGUUAAACAACAAACUUUAAACUAAAUGAAGGACUGGUUUCACAGAUCCCGGUUAGCACUGACCGUGGACUAGGGCUAAUUGUGGUCUGUGAAACCAGUCAAAAUAGUUUAAAAAAUGACAACCCAAUGCGAUGCAGUCUUCUUGUUCAGAUAUAUGAAGAGUGAUUAAGUGACACUGUAGUACAGAUUGCUGGUGUUCAUUAUCAGGGCUUAGCUUUAACCACUAAAGUAACUCCUUUUAGGCUUCAAACAUUAAAAUGCAUGCCUAAUUUCAAUUGCUCCAUAGUUGCAAUGGAAAGUAACAUUUGAAACUGCUGGCAGUUUCAGAAUAAUGUCUGAUGGUCUUUGACUGUUAUGGGGUGAAUGGUCGGUGCAGUGGUCCACACAUCCAUGAUUAAUUGUAAUAUCACAUCCUUGCUUGCAAUAUUGUUACCGAAGGAUGUCAAUAUCUCUGAUUACACUGUAAUUGUAAUGUAACAGCACCUGUGGUUACAUGGGAAUUACAUUGUAGAUACGCAAACAGAAGUAUAAUUCCAGCGCUAUUACAAAAGUCAUUAGAAGCUGUCAAACAGGAAAUGCCUUGUGUACAGCAGUGCUGAUCCCAACAGUUCCUAAUAAAGUGGCUGCAAGCUGUGAACGGGUGUCACUUGAGACAAGGAACUGUGAAAUAUGUCUUAAAAGAUGUUCUCAAUUUACAACAGCUCAGGGGAUCUGACUGACUCCAAGGUGUUGUGCAUUAUUUACAUGGAUUAUGUUAAGCAUGUUUAACACUUGAACAAUAUUAUGUUGUUGCACAUUUGAGAAUACAAUUUAAUAAUAUAUAUAUAUAUGUUAUAGUGUGUCAUUGCGGUUCCUGACCUGUGUGCAUUUUGAAUAAAAGUGCCUGU